ACUCACACUGAUCGCAGCUGAUCUUCUGCCCCUUCCUCAUCCCCACCCUCUACCAGGAGUCUGCCCUCUGUCCUGGACCUGGACUUCACCAUCCUCUCCCUGUCCUGUGAAGAGGUUUGAGAGCAGAUGCCCACAGAGCCAGUGGAGGUCAUGAGGAAAAGCCCUCUCUCAAUAUCCAAGGUCAGGUCCAUGGAGUUCUCUGUAGAUAGCUCUAAGAUAAGGGAAUACCAUGAGGAUUCAAAGUCCUAAGUUCUUGAAACCAGAUGAGGAAUGUGGUCUUGGGUUCCUGAAGGACUAAAGUCAGGAAAAUUCAAGGAGCUGGGGAAUAGAGAUCCAGGUGCAGAGGAGGCACCACUGGGGGAUUUGGAAUCGGGAAACCUGAGUUUCCACCAAAAAUGGAAACUCCAAGUUUCAGGGAGCCAGGUGCUUAGAGGAAGAAGCUCCUGGGCCAGCAGUGAGAGAUAGCCUCUGAGCACCUGGGGUCAGAAGAAAUCAUGGGCCAGUGUCCAGGCAUCCAAGACAGAGCAUCCCCAGAUCCUGACAGGCUAAAUCCGAGCAUGUCUAAGAUCGCAUGAAGGGGCACCCUGGCCAGGAAGGCAGGAUGGUGAGUUUUCAUUUAACAAAUAUUCACUGGUUACCUACCUGUGCCAAGCCCUUUGCUGGAUGCUGGGGAUUUCAGAAGACUGGCACAAUCUCUGCCCUCCCUGUAAAGUGAGUGGACAGUGUUAAGGAGCAAACUGCAUGGAACUAGGGAAAGUACUAAGACACAGGACACAUCUGCUGGGAAAGCCCAGCAAGCAGCAAUUCACUUGCAGUGGGCAAGCAGAGGCUUCACAGAGGAGGCACCUUGAGAGUGAAGUUGGCCAGACAGAUAAGGGGUCAGGACAUUUCAGGCUGAGACAAGGCCUGUGCACAGACCAGGAGGCACGGAGAGCUGAGCCUGUUAGAGCAGAGAGGGCAAAGAGGAGGGCCCAGCCUCUGACCUCACAAUACCCAGGGCCCACUGGGCCAGCCUUGCAGGCUCUGUGCCCUCCUUCAGCCCGGGCAAGGCCCGGGGCCCUGGGCAGCCUCCCGGUGCAGUGCCCUCCCGUGGGCCGCACCCUUCCCGCUGCCCCGGGGUAUGUCUCUACUCACCAAUUAUGAGGGGCUUCGGCAUCAGAUAGAGAGACUGGUGCGGGAAAAUGAGGAACUAAAGAAGUUGGUGCGGCUCAUUCGGGAGAAUCACGAGCUCAAGACUGCGAUCAAGAAUCAGGCAUGCAGCCUCGGCAUCAGUGGGUUCACCAGCGGGCUUGGCGAGGUGGCAACAGGCCCUCCUUCACUCCAGAACAACUGUGUCUUCCUGCCCCCGUCCCCAGCAGCAGCAAACGAACCAGUCCUGGAAGAAGUGGGGAUUGUGGCCUUGGCACCCCUGACUGAAAUGCUGAGCAGCCCGCAGCCCGGCCCCACGGCAGGCUCCCUCGUGACCCCCCUGGUGGGCCCACUCAACACCCUGCUGCCCAGCCCGGUGCCUAUGCCACAGAGCAGCCCCCUCACAAACCUCCUGGGCAGCCCCCUGGCCGUGCCCCCUGGGGGUACCCUGGCCAGCUCCCUGGGCCUGCCCUCAACUGGGCCCCUGAGCAGCCCCCUGACCGGCCCCCUGGCCAACUCCCUGGGCCUGCCCUCUACCGGGUCCCUGACUCCCAGCAGUCCCCUGGGAGGCCCCGUGGCCGUAUCUAAGAGCAGCCCCCUGAUGGCCUCCGUGGCAGGCCCAGUGGCCGUCUCUCUGAGCAGCCCCCUGCUCAGCUCCACAGCUGCCCCUCUAGGCAUCUCACAGAACCUUAUGGCCAACCCCAUGAACAACCUGGUGCUGUCAGAGCCCCCGAUGGUGCGGCUGACAGAGACACUCCGCACGUGCCCCUCGGUGCCCCACGGACCCUGCAUGGUGCCUGCUGCCACCUCCAAAGCCCCACUCUCCACUGAGAACCCCCGGCCAGCCCAGGACCCAGAGUCCCUCAGCAUGACGUUUGUGGGCACACCUCUGCAGACCUCCACCCCCGUGGGCACCAUGAGCGCACCUGGCCCCCCAACGGCCUUCUCCUAUGGCACUACAGAUGCCCGGGUCCAUUCCGGCUACCCCCAGGGACAAAUGGUCCCUGCCUCUGUCCCCACCUCCACCAUCUCCCCCACUGUCACUGUGCUUGCCUCAGCCCCCAACCUUGCCUCCCAAGCUGCCACGAGCUGCACCCCCUUGAACACACCCCACAUGGCACGGAUGCAGCACUCCCCCACCCGGACCCCGCCCGCCCACCACUCUCCUUCACGCACCCCCUGCUCCCCGCCUCGCACCUCAUCCUCCCCGGCUACGGUUAACGACGCCCGGAGUCCACGCACCACAGAACAGCCUCGGAAAAGUGCCACGGAGUUGGAUCGGAAGUUGGCUCACCGCAAGAUCAACAAGUUCCCUGAAAGUAGCCGAGAGUCGAAGCAGCUUGCCUGGGAGAGGCUGGUGGGGGAGAUCGCCUUCCAGCUGGACCGCAGGAUCCUGUCCAGCAUCUUCCCAGAGCGUGUGCGCCUCUACGGCUUCACCGUCUCCAACAUUCCGGAGAAGAUCAUCCAGCACGAAAUCCAUCUAGCCGCUGGGGUAGGUGGGGAUGGUGCAGGAGGAGUAGCCCACCAUGGGAAAGAGCCACUUGCAGAACUGCGGCAUCUCCUUGAUGAGGUCCAGGCCUCCCUGAACCCUAGUGAUCACAAGCUGGAUGAGGAGCUAUGCCAGACGCUCACACAGCGCUAUGUGAGCAUCAUGAACAGGUUGCAGAGCCUGGGUUACAACGGCCGGGUGCACCCUGCACUGACCGAGCAGUUGGUGAAUGCCUAUGGCAUCCUGCGAGAGCGGCCUGAGCUGGCAGCGUCUGAGGGCGGCUCCUACACCAUGGAUUUCCUGCAGCGUGUGCUGGUGGAGACUGUGCACCCCAGCAUGCUCACUGAUGCGCUGCUGCUGCUCUCCUGCCUCAACCAGCUGGCACAUGACGACGGCAAGCCCAUGUUCAUCUGGUGAUGCUGGCGCCCGGCGGCCCAGGCUCAUUCUGCCAUGCGCUCCUGUGCAGGGCCAUUAAAGCUUUCCAUAGACGCUGGCCGCUGGGCCCGCGCCAGCA